AUCACGUCGCACGGCGCCAGCGCCGAGAAGUCGGCCGCGGCGUGGCUGGCGAGGAGGCUCACCACCACCGCGACGAGGAGGAAGACGGCCGGCCUCAUCCCGACGAUCGCAGGUGGGGUUUUCGCUGGACUGGGACUGGAAGGCCACGAGAAGUCGUCAGGAGCUACAGCGUCCAGUGGGCAGAGUUGCUCGCAGCUUUUGUAGGCCGGCGCCCGGUAGCAUUGUAGUGUAGCACGCAGCAGGUGAGUCACGGUGUGAGCGUGCGCAACCGAGCGCAGUGCAGGUUAGGUGAAGCACGCCUGAUGAAGGGCUGCCUGCCAUCACGAUUCUGAGUUUCUGACGAGGCUAAGGUACUGUACACAUACUGCAAGUGUAUUGAGUAUUGACGAGUAGAUUUCCAGUUAACAUACUGAAUGGUCAUGGUCUCGUACUCUCAUCGGUGUGUUCACAGUCCUAUUCAUUCUCAUAUAGGGAGCCAGAUCCUCUGAUUUUGAGGAUAUCGACAAGGGAGUUCUGGCAGAAGCCUUUUAACACAAACCAAUGGUCAAGCAGCGGCAGCCAGGCUUGCUUCUUGUCCCUAACAACGAGUAUCCCCCGCCCUGAGGCAAAGCAUCAGGUUGACGCAAACUUGCCGCGCAUUCGUUUAUUCCUCUCGAUGGUUCAAUCCCUGCAGAUCAAGCUAUCCUUUUCUUCUCAAUCUACGCCCCCUUGAGAUAAAAAUUAUACUAGCAUUUCGGGGGCUUAUAAAGACGCCCUUUCUGCAAUAGACCGAUCAGACAAAACAAGACAAGAGAUUAAUCGUCAAAAACUCUUAGAGCCAUGCAUCCUCAUUUUCCUAACGAUCACGGCAAUGAACGAGUGGGUGGUCCGUUCCAUAGGCACAGGUCGAUUCAUAGGCUUCUUGGCGGAGGAAAAGGUAAUGCUGCUCUUCUUUUCUUUCUGGACAAUUAACUUGCAUCAUUUGAAUUACCAAAGUUUCUGUCUGAAUCCAUGUGUUCAUGGAUUGCGUUGUUUGCCCCUCGCAGUGGCGGACAUUCUGCUGUGGAAGGACAGGAACUUAUCUGCAGGUGUGCUCCUCGGGGCCACGUUGAUCUGGUACCUGUUCGAAGUGGUUGAAUACAACGUAAUCCCGCUCCUUUCCCAGAUUGCCAUCUUGGCCAUGCUCGUGGUCUUCAUUUGGUCGAAUGCCGCGCCGCUCUUGAACAUACCCCCUCCAAGAAUCCCAGAAGUCAUCGUCUCUGAACAUGCCUUCCGACAUAUAGCACAGACCAUCCAUUACAAACUGGCAUACACUGCCGCUGCUCUUCAUGACAUUGCAUGCGGAAAGGAUCUGAAGAAAUUCCUCUUGGUGAUCUUUUCACUGCUAAUAUUGUCUGAGAUUGGAAGUUCUUACAGCUUCACAAGUCUACUAUAUCUCGGAUUUUUGUGUGCUCACACUUUGCCAGCAUUGUACCAAAGAUAUGAGACAGAGGUGGACCAUCUAGCUGCAAGAGGUAGUGAAGACAUCAAGAGGUUCUAUAAGAGGAUUGAUUCCAAUUUGCUCAACAAAAUACCAAGAGGCCCUGUCAAGUCAAAACCUAUAUAAGAUAUACUCCCUGAAGAUACAUCAAUGAUUCCCUCGAAAGGGAAUGAGCUAUCAUUUGAUUGCUUCCAGCGAAAAUGGUCCUAUUGUAAUUUGUACAAAGGUGUUUGAACCAGAAAAGCAAGAAGUAGCUUCAACUGAGCCUGGAGAAUUCAGACUGUCAGCAUUCAAAUGUACCUAUCAAUGCAUGGAUACAAGCAUAUUUUCAAGACUUCACAAUCAAUAUGAAAUGAACUAUAAUGUUGUAAUCUCAACAAAGCAGAUCAUUAAUAAGAAUUGAGUGGUGUUUUCUCUUUCAA